AGCCGGAGUCACCCGGCAGCCGCCCGCCUCUGCCCCCCUACAGCCCCGCUCCCCCCCGGCCGUUCCAUGUCCCGCAAGGCCAGCGACAAUGUGGAAUACACGCUGCGGAGCCUGAGCAACCUGAUGGGCGAGAAGCGGCGGCGGCAGGCGGACGGCUCCGCCGGCUCGGGCGCGGCGGGCGAGCGCAGCCUGAUCGCCGCCGAGUCCUGCUCCAGCCUCAACAGCGCGGCGUCGGGCGGCGAGCUGGAGCGGGCGGCGCGGCGGCAGUUCCAGCAGGACGAGACCCCCGGCUUCGUCUACGUGGUGUCGGUCUUCUCCGCCCUGGGGGGCUUCCUCUUCGGCUACGAUACCGGCGUGGUGUCGGGGGCGCUGCUCCUCCUCAAGCGGGAGCUCAACCUGGACGCGCUCUGGCAGGAGCUGCUCGUCUCAGGCACGGUGGGCGCCGCCGCGCUCUCCGCCCUGGCCGGCGGCGUCCUCAACGGGCUGUGCGGCCGGCGGCCCUGCAUCCUGCUGGCCAGCGGGCUCUUCACGGCCGGGGCCGGCGUGCUGGCGGCCGCCCGCGACAAGGAGACGCUGCUGGGGGGACGCGUGGUGGUGGGGCUGGGCAUCGGUGUAGCAUCUAUGACUGUGCCAGUGUACAUCGCAGAAGUUGCUCCGCCACACUUAAGAGGCAGAUUAGUCACCAUUAAUACUCUGUUCAUCACUGGAGGGCAGUUUUUUGCAAGCGUCGUUGAUGGAAUCUUCAGCUACCUCGCAAAGGAUGGAUGGAGGUACAUGCUGGGCCUGUCGGCUGUUCCAGCAGUUAUACAGUUUCUUGGAUUCCUGUUUCUUCCUGAAAGUCCCCGCUGGCUCAUUCAGAAAGGUCAGACUCAGAGAGCACGGAGAAUCCUGUCUCAAAUACGUGGCAACCAGGCAAUUGAUGAGGAGUAUGACAGUAUCAAAAACAACAUUGAAGAAGAAGAAAAAGAAGUUGGAGCAGCUGGACCUGUGAUCUGCAGAAUGCUAACAUACCCUCCAACUCGAAGAGCCUUAAUUGUGGGUUGUGGUCUGCAGAUGUUUCAACAGCUGUCAGGGAUUAACACCGUCAUGUACUACAGUGCUACCAUUUUGCAGAUGUCAGGGGUUGAAGACGAUAGGCUUGCAAUCUGGCUGGCUGCACUGACAGCUUUUAUAAACUUCAUUUUUACUCUCAUGGGAGUCUGGCUUGUUGAAAGAAUGGGUCGCCGGAAACUUACACUUGGUAGCUUAACAGGUACUGCUGUGGCGCUCAUUAUUCUAGCUUCGGGAUUUUUGCUGUCAGCUCAAGUCUCGCCAAGAAUAACACUUAAUCCACCAGAUCCUUCACAUCAAAAUUCUACCUGCACAAAAUACAGUUAUUGUAAUGGCUGUAUGUUAGAUCCAGACUGUGGUCUCUGCUACAAAUUGAAUGAAUCAAGUGUUGUUGAGUCCUCAUGCAUUCCUGUUGAUAAAGAUUCUACGAUGAAAGCAGCGUGGGGCAGGUGUUCAAAUGAAACAGUAUUCAAAAAGGAAGAUUUGUUCUGGGCAUACAAUUUCUGCCCCACUCCGUACUCUUGGACAGCGCUUCUGGGCCUUAUUUUAUACUUGGUUUUCUUUGCACCUGGGAUGGGUCCUAUGCCCUGGACUGUCAAUUCUGAAAUUUAUCCACUUUGGGCUAGAAGUACAGGAAAUGCGUGUUCCUCUGGAGUCAACUGGGUUUUCAAUGUGCUCGUGUCACUGACAUUUCUGCAUACAGCUGAAUAUCUGACUUAUUAUGGAGCCUUCUUCCUCUAUGCAGGGUUUGCUGCCUUGGGACUGGUUUUCAUCUACGGCUGCCUUCCUGAGACAAAAGGGAAAAAACUAGAAGAAAUUGAAUCUUUAUUUGAAAGCAGGCUAUGUACAUGUGGUAUGGCAGAUUCUGAUGAAGGGAGGCAGUGCUGGGGCUUUUUAGCAGCAGAUGGCCAUCUCCCUCUGCCAGCUUUGUUUCACGGACAUUCUCAAAAGUGGUGCUCGGCUGCGUGCUGCACUGGACUCAUUUUCUCAUACGAGUUUGAUCCUACCUAAAGCAGUUUUCUGAAGGCUUGCGUCCCCUGCCUUUUUUCUCAAGGCAAAAUGAUUGAUUUUAUUCAUUGUUGCUGCUCGUUAUGAGGGUGCAAAAUAUAUCAAUGUAUUUAUUGUGAACCCCCUUCCUCACUGAAGAGAUUUGAGCUUAAGUUUUCCUUGUAGGAUGGUUUUACACCAAAAUAACAUUCCGUACCUUAGAAACGCUAAACCUAGUACCAAGCAUCAUGUGGAAUAAAAAAGAGAUCCAAUACUUGAAAUUAAUUACGGUCCUAUUUUUAGAAUCUGUGAACAUUUAUAGUAUAUAAAGAGAUAAAACUAAAUGUUUCUAUUUUGAAAAGAUUUUUUAUAUUUGUGCGUAUUUUAAGUUUUAAGAGAUUUUUGCUAAGAGUAGGCUUAGUAACUUUCCAGGUAAAAUGAUAAAAAUAUAGUGUAGCUGAAUAAUUUCUUAUGACAGGAUUUUCAUUUAUGGAUUAGCAUAAGUAGUAUGUCUAAGCACAAUAUAAUUUUAUUGAAAUCUUUCUGCAGACAAAUGUGAAAUCAUUUCUUCACAAGGACUGCACGCUUAAUUCAGGUAUUCUGUGCAUCAGGAAUGCUAAAGUAAUACUGCUGGUAGAGCUGGGCAUGAAUAGCAUAUUGAUUGUACACAACAAUUUGAGAUAUUUUAGUUCCAAUUAAUCUAACUGACUCUACAUGUUUUGGUCUAAGAGCAAGUGUAAAAGAAAUGAGUCCUGAUGCGUUUUUAAUAUUUUUAAAUGUAAUUCAUGUAUAAUUCAUGUAGUUCAUGUUCACCAUGUUCUAAAUCUAAAGUGUCUGGGGUAGGGAUGAGAUAAUUUUCCACUUGUUUCUUCCCCCUGUCACUUUGUUGAUCAAAAACAGUUUUUAAUGAGAGAAGCAAACCUAUUUUGAAAAUAGACAUAGAAACGAAGCAAGACCCCAGGACUCAUUUGAGGGCAGAAGUUGCAUUGCUACAUGUGCACCUCAGCCAGAUGGCUGCUGUCCUAGACCUUGCUACCUUGCGAGUUGCAAUGACAGCCCGGUCAGGAAUUUUGGGGCAAGAGAGGAUAGAUCCCAAGGAUAAUUGUUCCCAUGACAACGUAUUUUUGCAUGAGUUGGUAAAUGCAGUAUUUCACUGGUGUAGGAGUUACGGUUAGGAGGGGAGGAGAAAGAAAUGAUGCAUCAAAAGCCCUGUGAAGUCAUGUUUCAGUAGGGGCAGGUAUCGUAGCCAAUAGGAGCAGUCUCUGACUUCUGUCCCAUGUGGGAGAAUGAUGGUGGGGUCAAGGGACCGUGUUUGGUCCUGUGAAGAGGGAACUGGCAGACUAAGGGUUAGGAGCACGCAAGUGCUCUUUUCCCAUGCCUGCACAAAGGUGAGAACACGGCAGUGGAAUCUGCGAAGCCAGUGCUGUUUUCCUCGGUGAAAUCUCUUUGCCCUUCGUAAUCACUCAGGUUGAGCGCUGGGGAGAGUCUCACUUUGAGGGGCUGCUACAGGCCCUGAGGAUGGGUCUUUCUUUAGCCAUGAGGGUGCUGGGUGCCGUCCCACAAGCGCAGAGGGGGUUAAUAAAUGGUAGACCUUGUAUUUGUCAGCUUUAUGCCCAACUUACUGCUUCUCAAUGUCACCGCUUUUCUAACAUGGUCUUGAAAUUUUACUUGUACUUGCAUAAGAGGCUUUGUUAGCUGAACAUCGCUAAGUGAGAAAGAGACAGGUUUUUUUACCGCAUAGGGAGAUCUCAGGGUAGAAAUCAAGGCAGAAGAGACAGUUCUGUGGAGCACUUUGAAGUGUAAGAUAUUUGUGCACUUUUUUUCUGAGAGAAUCAAGCUAACCAAACCCAUUCCUCUGCAUUGGGAAGAAAAUCGAGCUUCGUGUACCAGGCCAGAAGCAGAUAAUGCCACAAUAUGUGCUUUAUGGCAAAAUGUGUUUUUAUUGCGGGUAACAUUUACAGCUUACAUGUAGCUGCUGCCUAUAAAGUGACUCAAUCGUUCUCUGGAUUUUAACAAGUCACAUUUUUGUGCGAAAAUCUUAGUGGUUUUCUAUCAAUCUUCAUCGCCUUGUGUACAGUACAGUUUAGCAUAAUCCACAAAGUGGUCAGGUUGUGGCAGUGUUACAAAUGUCAGCACAGUAAAAUCUAGGUGAACAUUGUUAAAGAAAUAUUGUUGUUUGUGUUACUGGGGGUUAAAACUCCUUAAAGGCAACUAUAUAUAGAUUUUAAAAGUCUGAAAAAAAAAUGGCAGUUCUUAUCUAUUUUGUGUAUGUUUUCAUAUAGAGAAGGAGUUUUUUAUGUGCCAAUAACCAUCACUGUAGUGUUUUGUAAAUGGAUGUUAAUGGUGUUCCAGAGUUCUGUAUAUGAAAAUAUACUUAAGCCACAAUGACCUGUUAGUGUGAACCAGCAGCAUGUUUUUAAUCUUACUCACACCUCUCAUCAGAGGUGCUCACUCGUCAGCUUCAGUAGAGCUCACUCACAGCAGGGGAAGUUUGACCAGCAUCAGGGCUCAAGAAUACAGAGUUUAUCUAAAUCCCCUCUUUUUCAUAUUGUCCCUAGACAGUCUGUUAUAUGUCAGUGAUCUGGGACGUGUAAUUAUAAAUCUUCAACUCUAGUUCAGUUACACUUCUCGAUUUUGUUGAGAUAAAAAUUGUCAAAAUUUGGUUUGAACUUUCAUCAUAUUUAUGUAAAUAAGGGACACAGUGAUUAAUUAUGUGUAAGGUCUACCUAUUUCUAAAGGGGACAUCAGUUUUGAAGUGUUAAAAUAAAGGCAAAUUUCUCUUGCUGCCUUAAACAUUACACAGACUUUAGGGAGGACUGAAUGUAUGACCAUCAUCAUGAAUUCUGUAGGAGAAACUUCCUGGAUCCUCAGCAGGUGUGUGAAAUGAGGUGGGUUCAUGGUGCAGGGGUGCUGUGCUACAUCAGGGGCCCUGCCUAGUGCACACCUGCCAUCUGUUCGGUUUUCAGUGUUGGCGUAGUCCCAUGGAAUCUAUAAGAUUAUCCAUAUGCUUGAAAUUCUCCAUGUGCUCAGUGUCCUGCUGGUCCAGGGCAUGGCUGGGAAGUGGCAAGAGUCACAUCUCUGCUCUCCAUCAUGAAUCUCAAACCCCUACAAAACUGUUAACUGGAUCUUUCUGUGACAAACUCUAUGUAGAAUUUUUGAGAUGUUAUUGAAUCAUAGAAUCACCAGGUUGGAAAGGACCCACUGGAUCAUCAAGUCCAACCAUUCCUAACAAUCCCUAAACCAUGCCCCUCAGCACCUCAUCCACCUGUCCCUUAAACACCUCCAGGGAAGGUGACCUCCCUGGGCAGCCUGUUCCAAUUGCUAUUAAUUGGAAACCAAAUUAGUAGUAAUACUCCAUGUUGAGUAAUAACAGGCACUUGACACCAUCAGGCAUUACUAUAAUCCCUGGGCGCGUGUUAGGUAUUCAGUAUGAAACAGGUUUUGGCAAAACUAGUUGUUGGGUUGUCCGUGUUAUUUCUUAACCAUGUCAAACAUGUGCCAUUUCCGUUUGCAACCAGUCACGCCUAUAAUGUAUGAAAGUGUUGUACAUUUUCUGAAACUUAAGUGAUGUAAAAUUAUUUAAUUGACUUCUGUUCUGAUUGCUUUAAUGAAGUUUGAACUUUACAUAAAAAUAAAUAUCUUCAAAGAAUUGUCAGUUCCAGAAGUGUAAACAAAACAAACAAAAUAAAAGGUGAGAUACUUAAAUACAGGAUCUUUCUCAAGGUU